AUGAUUCUCUGUGAUGCACCUUCGUUCGACAUGGGGUUCAAGCGAAAAGCGACCAGUGAUGCUGCUAGACAGCGUUCAAAAAUCGCAAAGCAUGCGGAGCCUUCAGACGAUUUAACCUCGGAAGAAUCCGACGUCUCUUUUGAAGCUGAUAGCAUCGGCGACAUCCAUCACGAUGCGACACCUGGCACACCUUUCUCGGUGACGUCGUCCAAGUAUCCGUCAGAGCUCAAGACGCACCUCUGUCCGUUCGAUGGCUGUACAAAGGCGUUUAAUCGACCUGCCAGGCUACAAGAGCACAUACGAUCUCAUAACAAUGAGCGGGUUUUCAAAUGCACCCAUGACGACUGCGAUAAAACCUUUCUCCGAGCGUCUCAUUUAAACCACCACAUCAAGAGUGCUCAUACCGCAGUGCGAGACUAUGUAUGUGAUCGUCCGGGCUGUGGAAAAACCUUUGUGACGGGCACACGUCUGCGCCGACAUUUAGCAGCACACGAUGGAAGUGACAAAUUCCGCUGUACCGAGUACCCUCCGUGUAAUGAGACAUUCCGGAAACAUUCGACACUAAACAGACACAUUCUAUUAACUCAUCUAAACCAAAAACCGUUCCCCUGCCAGCACGUCGAUUCGGUCACGGGCCAAGCAUGUCAACAGGCUUUUGAAUCUGCCGCGCAUCUCCGCAGCCAUGAGAAUCGGGUCCAUCCAAAAAAUCGAUUUACAUGUACAGAGUGUGCUUCUGCCUCGAAUGCAUCUCUCGAGACAGCGGGAGAUAGCAUGUCGGCAGGUUCAUGCUUUCCUUCCUACGCGGAGCUACAAGCGCACAUCAAGUCUGCACAUCCACCUCAAUGCACACGUUGUUCUUUUGUGUGCUCCUCUUCUCGUGAACUCCGACGCCAUCUGGAGAUGUCACAUGGCGAUGUGAGUCUUGAGGAACGUCGCCAAUUCCCAUGCACAAUGCCCGGCUGCGGACGCAGUUUCACGAAGAAGGGAAAUUUAACGGUGCAUAUUCGUACGGUUCAUGAUGGCGAAAAGCGGUUUAUUUGUGGUGGGACAGAUCUGUCGUCAUCCAAAAAGGUGGAAGGGUGGACGAUGAGCGACGGAUGUGGGAAGCGAUAUGGUAGCAAGCUGGCCUUGGAAGAACACGUCCGCACCGCCCAUCUCGGACUAUUGAACACCAAGGCCGAGCGACGAGAAAAGCAGGGCGUGGUUAAGAAACCGCAGAGUCGAUCCAAGUCGUCGAAUAUGUCGACCAUGGCUCUUCUUACCGGGGAAGGGUAUGCAGAUGAGAGCGGCCGACACAUUGUCUGUUUCGUUGAUGAAUGUGAGCACCGCUUCUACAGAGAAUACGAUCUUUGGGUACAUAUGCAGAGCAAACACGGGUGUGUGGAAGACGAAAUCGAGAACAUGUUCAUCCAGCGGGCUUUGCUACAGGGGGGCCAGGGCACGGUUUGUGGCAUCUACGGUCUUGACCUAGACGCUGGCGGUGUCUACCAUUCGGAUCCGGGCGCUGGCAUACCGUCAUUCCCAGAUCUUCACAUUACCGGCAAUGAGUUUGACGAGAAGAUCAAUGAGAUGGCGCCUUUUGAAGCUGGAGACGACAGUUUCAUGCACGGGUUUGGUAAUCCAACUGGGUUGAUCGACGAACCCAUGGAAUCGAAGAACGAUUUUGGAGAAGUGGACCCAAGCCUAUUUAAUAUGAUGGACUCGUGA